CCUAGCAACCUAGCUACUCUACUAUCUUCUUCCUAGCUAGCUAAGCUUGCAGUUUGCUUGGUUUCCUCUAUAAAAAGGGCAAGCUCUACACCCAUCAGCCUCCCCUCCUUCCCUCUGCAACACAUCUCCAUCCACUGCCAUCUCCUCUCUUCUCUUCUCCUCUCAAGUCUAAACAACAGUUGGUGCCAUGGCGGGAGCUCAGGGCGGGAGCGGUAGCAGCACGCCGUGCGCGUCGUGCAAGCUGCUGCGGCGGCGGUGCGCUCGGGACUGCGUGUUCGCGCCCUACUUCCCGCCGGAGGACCCGGCGCGGUUCGCCACCGUGCACCGGGUCUUCGGCGCCAGCAACGUCAGCAAGAUGCUGCAGGAGCUGCCGGCGGCGCAGCGGGCCGACGCCGUCAGCAGCCUGGUCUACGAGGCCACGGCCAGGGCGCGGGACCCGGUCUACGGCUGCGCCGGCGCCAUCUCCUACCUCCAGCACCAGGUCGCCCAGCUCCAGGUCCAGCUGGCCGUCGCCCAGGCCCAGAUCCUGCACCGCGUCCACCCCUUGUCUCCGUCCCCGUCUCCGGCGCCGGUUGCCGCCGCAUUGCCAUUGCAUGAUCUCCAGCAGCUUCAGCAGCAGCAGCAGCAGAGCAUGCAGAUGGAUUAUGAUUAUGAUGAUGUGAAGGCGGCCUAUGGUGGUGGCGGCCUUGUCACGCAGAAUGAUCUGAUGAACUCGCUGCUGCUGCAGGAGGCUUGCUGCGGCCUCAAGAAGGAGUCCCUGUGGACAUGAUCGUCUGUGUUGUGGUUUUUGUUUUAGUAAAUCAAUCGAAGAUCGGUCUCUGCUUUGGUUGCUUCUUUGAUGAACGUGAUGUGUUGUCUCUGCUGCUUCUGUAAUUUUCUGAGAAUUGGGAAAUUGGGAAGAAAUUUGAGUAACAUGCUUGAUUCGAUGCA